AUGGAGACGCUGGCCCAGAGGGCGGCGAAGAGAGCCAAGGCUUCGACGGGCAACGAGCCCCCAGCGAGCGCUCCGUGGAUGCCGACGUUGGUGGUGAUCAGCCCGGACGACAGCCCUCAGCGCAGCCCCCGCUCCAGCCCCCAGCGUGAGUCGGUUAUUCACUCCCCAUCAACAGGCGUUGGGGUGUGUAUCCUUGGCGCUGACCUUGCCGGGUUCGCAGGAGGAGAGCGGCAACAGGAGGAGCCGCUGAGGGCCGCCCCUGACACGCCGCCCCCGUCGACCACGCCACCCAGAGGGGUGUCACCGGCAAGGGCAUCUACCGCCGAGCCCACGCGCAUGGAGGAAGAGGGGGCAAGCAUGGGCAAUGGUGGCUCCGUCCCAGCGACGAACGUUGGCGGGGAGGGAACCACUUCUCCUCAGCUCGGCACGGACCCUCCCUCAACGGACCAGGUAGACGUCCACGCUGUCAUCGAGGAGGUCACCAAGGAUGCUGAAGCUGAGGCCACCAAGAUCGCUGCCAGGGAGGCCGCCAAGUCCGCCGCCGAGGAGGCUGCCAAGGGGCCUGCCGGGGAGGCUGGUAAGGCUGCUGCCGGGGAGGCAGGCAAGGCUGCUGCCGAGGAGGCCGCCAAGGGGCCCGCCGCGGAGGAGGCGGCCGAUAACCAACCUUCCUCCCCUACAGCCUCCGCCCCGGGCAAGUACUUGAAGGUGGGCGAUGAUCUGCUCGUCUGCCUCCCGGGGACGGCAAGCACCAGAGCGCCAGCCGAAGGGGAGGUUUUCGACAAUGAGGCCCUCACCGCUGCCGGGCUCCAGGUUGUCGACGAACCGAGCGCCAUUAGCAGUGGUUCCCAAGAGGAGCAGCCCCUCCGGGCUAUGAGCGCUAAUUUCCAGAAACUCCAGGCGCUCCACCGUGCCCGCCAAGAUAAGGUGAACUCCAGGACGGCGGUCCUGGACAAGGCAGAAGCAUACUUUCAGGAGCGCAUCGCUCAGAUGCAAGUCUGGUUCCCUGAGGCCCGGCAGGACCUGAGGGCUACCCGGGAUCAGUUGGACGAGCGCCAGCGAGAGCUCCUCUUGAAGCAGGCUGACAUCGAGAAGGCCCAAGAGGCGGCGAAGGAACAUGCCACCACGGACGAAGCUGACCAGAGGCAGCGCCAAGCUCUGCUCGACACCCAAGAGGAAGAUCUCGUUGGUCGUGAACAGGCGCUUGCCACCAUGCUCCACGACAAGGACAGGGAGAUCGAGAAGCUCGUCACGCAGCGGACCCAGGAGCUAGAGCAGAAGUACAAAGAUGCACUUGAUGCUCUGGCUCUAGACCAAGCCGGCAAGGUGGAGAAGCUGGAGCUGGAGCGGGACGAGCUGAAGGAGGAGAUCUCAAAGCUGACGAAGGACAGGGACAUGACUACCCACACUCUGGCGGAAUUGCAGGUCACCAUCUCCGACAAGACCAAGCUGCUCUCCGAGGCCAACAAUUUCAUCGAUGAUCUAAAGCUGAAGCUGGACACCUUGGAAGGGACGAUUUUGGAUGUCAAGGCCCGUGAGGAGACCCUGAACAAGGCCCUUGCGGACGAGAGGCAGCUACUGCAGAGUGCCGCCGCUUCCCACAACGACUACGUGGACAGAACGCUCUGGACCAGCCGCCUCAUCGAGGUUGCAGAGAGGCUCACCACGCAGCUAGCCGUCAUGGGCAUGCCGGACAUUAGGUACUCCCAAGAGGCGAACAUAAGCCCCAGUGCCAGGCUGACCUUGUUCUUUGAGCGCGUCCUCGACGCCCUGGAGCAGCUCCGCUCUAGUCGAGCAACUUAUCUGGCCAAUGAGGCUCGGAAGCUUUGCCGGGGCGCCCUGACCAAGGUGCUCACCAAGGUGGCAUUCUGGAACCCCAGCGUCGACUUCGCCAACGCGCUUGAGAGUUUGCCGGAGGAUGCGGAGCUCAAGGCACUCGAAGAGCGCAUCGAGCCGAUCAUCAGCUGUGUUGACGGAGUCAAGAGGUUGGAAGGCCAACGCCGGGACUAG